ACCGCAUAUACGCUGCGCUGCGCACAGCAAUUUUCAAAUCGCACGGCAAUUUUCCGGUUUCAGUAAAUAAUGUAAAGUAAUAAUAAUGUAAACUAAGUUUCAGUAAAUAAUGUCCCUAAAUUUUAGUGCAGAACAGUAUCAAGAUUCUUACGUACCAAAACGACUUAGUCAAUGGGAGAUUCCGAAGAAAUUUUCUCAGACUCCCAGGAGUCGUGAAGGAUACACCUUUUCUGUCUGUGACAAAAGUGGUCGUUAUCUUUCCAAUGUAGGAAAACCAGUUUUUAAAGAAUGGAGUUCUUUUGUUGGCACAUGGGGUAAAGAUUUCUCAAAGCCUGGAGCUGUAAAAGGUGUUGAAGUAAAACCUGGAAUGUGGAUUUGCAAGGGAGGAAGAGCUAGAUGGGUUGAUGCCAUUAAAAUAGAAUGUCCGAAAUGUAAAAACGUAUCAUAUGAAUGAAAUAAAGUGUUUUGUUUUUAAAAA